AUGCAUCAACGCGCACUUCUCUUCUCUGUCUUUUGGGCUGCCGUGCAAGCCCAGCAGGCUGGGACUUUGAAAGCGGAAACCCGCCCUGCAUUGACCUGGCAGAAGUGUACUGAAGGUGGCAGCUGCACGGAGCAGAAAGGCUCUGUUGUGCUUGAUUCCAACUGGCGUUGGUUGCACUCUAUUGAUGGCUCUAAUAACUGCUACACUGGCAAUACUUGGGAUGCAAGCCUCUGCCCCGACAACGAAGCCUGCGCUACGAACUGCGCUCUGGAUGGAGCUGAUUACGAGGGCACCUAUGGUGUUACCACCAGCGGCAAUGCUCUGUCCCUCAAGUUUGUCACCGGUUCCAAUGUCGGCUCCCGUCUGUACUUAAUGGCGGACGACGACAAGUCAUACCAGACGUUCAACCUAUUGAACUCUGAGUUCACCUUUGAUGUUGACGCCUCCCAGCUGCCUUGUGGCUUGAAUGGCGCCGUGUACUUCGUUGCCAUGGACGCCGACGGCGGUGUAGGGAAUUACCCAUCCAACAAGGCCGGCGCCAAGUAUGGAACUGGCUAUUGUGACUCGCAGUGCCCACGAGACUUGAAAUUUAUCAACGGCAAGGCCAACGUGGAAGGAUGGAAGCCUUCCGACAGUGACAAGAAUGCCGGUGUCGGCGGUCACGGUUCGUGCUGCCCCGAGAUGGACAUUUGGGAGGCAAACAGCAUCUCUACGGCUUACACACCUCAUCCUUGCGAUAGUACGAAGCAAACUAUGUGUGAAGGUGAUGCGUGCGGGGGAACCUACUCCGGGGACCGUUACGCAGGAACUUGCGACCCUGAUGGAUGUGACUUCAAUGCUUACCGCAUGGGCAAUGAUUCUUUCUAUGGCCCUGGUAAACUUGUCGACAGUUCUUCCAAGGUUACCGUUGUGACCCAAUUUAUUGCGGAAUCUGGUGUCUUGUCGGAGAUUAAGCGCUUCUACGUGCAGAACGGAAAGGUUAUCGCCAAUGCUGCAUCAAACGUUGAAGGUGUCACCGGUAACUCGAUUACCUCUAACUUCUGCACUGCUCAGAAGAAGGCCUUCGGCGACGAUGACAUCUUCCAGAAGCAUGGAGGUCUUAAGGCUAUGGGCGAGGCCUUGUCUUCCAUGGUGCUCACUCUCAGUGUAUGGGACGACCACUAUGCCAGCAUGAUGUGGUUGGACAGCAGCUACCCUGAAGAAGCUGAUGCUACCAAGGCAGGUGUCGCCCGUGGUACCUGCAAGGCACAUGUUGGAGACCCUGAGAAGGUCGAGUCACAGCAUGGUGAUGCCACGGUGACUUACUCUAACAUCAAGUUCGGACCGAUCGGCUCUACUUUCGACGCCCCUGCUUAA